AUGCGUCUGCCGCUGCUCGGCCACCCCCGCCUGGGGCAGGCCCCGCUUCUGGCGCUGUUGCUGCUGCUGCUGGUGGACCUGGCGCGGCCCAUCUCCUUCCAGCUGCCGGGCAAAGCGCGGAAGUGCCUGCGGGAGGAGAUCCACCGUGACACGCUGGUCACGGGCGAGUACGAGAUCGGCGCCCCGCCGGGUUCCUCCACCGGACCCUCGGCCAACCUUAAGAUAACUGACUCAGCUGGGCACAUCCUGUAUGCCAAGGAGGAUGCCACUAAGGGCAAGUUUGCCUUCACCACUGAAGACUAUGAUAUGUUUGAGGCAUGCUUUGAGAGCAAGCUUCCUGUGGGAACAGGGAGGAUGCCGGACCAGCUCGUGAUUCUGGAUAUGAAGCAUGGAGUUGAAGCAAAGAACUACGAGGAGAUUGCUAAAGUGGAGAAGUUGAAGCCUCUGGAAGUAGAAUUGAGGCGGCUGGAAGAUCUUUCAGAGUCCAUCGUUAAUGACUUUGCCUAUAUGAAGAAACGAGAAGAGGAGAUGCGAGACACAAAUGAGUCAACAAACACCCGAGUUCUGUACUUCAGCAUUUUCUCCAUGUGCUGUCUCAUCGGACUGGCCACCUGGCAGGUUUUCUACCUGCGUCGCUUCUUCAAGGCCAAGAAACUAAUUGAGUAAUGGAUCAAGUCCUCCUCUCCCUCCUCUCUCAGACCCAGCUGCACACCGCUGGGACACAGCCAUGGCCCCCUGGAACUGUCUCACAGAUGAUACCCACUGGCUUUUCUCUGGGAACUUGGACCCUAAAUGGGGAGGGGAGCCUGAACAUCAGAGGCAAUAGGGGACUUGUGAAAUCCUGUUGGAUGUUGAGGGUGGGGGAGGUUGUGAUGGGUUUAGGGGUUCCUGGGGCAGCAAUUAAAUAAAAAAAGAUGUUUCCAUGACAGCUGCAGCAAGUUUUUGCGCUGUCUGUUCUUUUACAAUCUUGACUUGAUAAUGUCUCCCAUCUGUCUGUGACUGUUGUGUUACUCUGAGCUGCUUGACCAGGCUGAGCUCUUCAGGUGCCAUGUAGCUAGCACCGGGGCAGAGCAGGGUAUUCCGUGUUCUGACCUGCUGGGAGCUAAGACUCAUACAUAUGGAGAUGAGUGCAAAGCAAUAGGAUUCAUCAUUCCAGCAGGGCCUGAGGAUAGAGGGAGGUCCAAGGUUUGGUUCCUGUUGCGGACCUCUGUGUUUCUCCCUGUGGGAGCUGGUGUCUUGUGCUGACAGGUCAGGGCACUUGGGCAUAUGAUGGUUCAGCCUGGAGGAAGGGGAGCCUUGGAUGGAAGGCCUGGCAACAUGUUUGAGCUUGGAAAGAAGAAGCCUGCUUUGCUCAAACAAGCUGUCCAGUCUUGGUCCCACCCUUGCUACAACUUGCUUGUCAUGGAUUUGCCUCUGUUGUUCUGAAAUGAUGCAGCAGUUUUCCUAAAAACCUUGGCCAGGGACAGCUUUUUGUGCAGACAGGAGGCCUUAGAUACAGUCACAGAACAAAUAAGAUCAGGUUAUGCUUGAAAAAUUGGUCUUAGGUUGAGCAGGAGACUUUUCUCACUUAAAAGCCUAGCGUUUGUCCAGUGGGCAGCUGAUUGAAUCUCCUUUGCUGAGACCUCAAAGCAGGUGGGCUGCUGCUCAUGUGAAGCACAAGGGCCUGUGCCCUGCUUAGAGGUCUGGCAGUUUAAGGUGUGCUUUGUAGGUUGGCAGAGGAGUUACUGGAAGAAAGUGGAUGAACUCAGAAAAGCAGUACAGGGUAGCAGUAGGCUAAUCCUGUGUCUGGGUGGAAUCUGGAGAGUCAUCUGCUCUCAACAGAAUUCUUCUGUGUGGUACUGCAGAGCGCAGGCAGCUUCUCGUUGUUUCUCAGCUGUCCAGAUGACAGGAUGUUAAACAAGCCAGACUGGGAAAAAAACAGGCAGUUUUUAGGCAGUGAUUAAAAUUCUUUCACCUUCUCUGCAUUCCUUCAGAGCAAGUGGUUCAGCAGCACAGCAUUUUUGUGUCAUACGCCUAGACACUUAUGGCUAAGGAAGUUGUCAUGGCCCUGGGCCUGGACUACCGUUUUGAAAAAAAGUAUGGUUUUAUAAUUUCUGACCUGAAUCUGAUCUGUUGCUGGGAAGGAAACGGUUUUCCAGGGUGAGGCAAUGGGAAAUAGGAUGAAAGGAUGAUCUGUCACCUGACUACAUUUGUACUUUGCCUCUUCUUUGCCAUUGCCAAGUUCCUGAAGUUGUUAGUCCCAUUGGCAAUUGCUCAGAUUGCUUUUAAUUUGUUUCUUUUUUGGUAAGGCCAUAUUAAGAACCCAAGUCCACUCCUCUGCCCUUGCAUCCAUUUUAUCCUUGCAUGUUUUUGAAAGCUGUUACAGUGCAGAACAGCAGUGAUGCCACAGGACUGAAUUACAGGAGUAAUUUGAAGGUAGUUUUAGGUCCUACAGUUUGAAGCCUGUAGAUCUGUUAAGGUUUUGCAUUUGUUUUUGCAUAGCUUGAAAAGAGAGGACAAGAAAGGGGCUUUUCCAUCUUGUCUGUUUUGAUAUCCUCUCCCCAUCCUUAUUUGAAUACAGAUAUCUUAAAAAUGGUCUCAGGGCCUUAGGUUCCCCAGGUGUCUGUUACACUGUCAUUGUUCUGGUGUUGCUUUUUGAUCUCCACUGUACUAGUCUGAUUACUGAGGAGCAGGCUGGGGGGACUGGUAUGGAUUUACCUGUAAUGACUGAUUGGGGGAUUUUUGUCAACUUUCUCAAUAAAAUUU